CGGGCCGGCGCCUCUCAUCUGGCCUCUCAACGCCGGCUCUCUUGCCGCCUCUCCGCCGCGUCGAGGACCGGCGGCAGCACUAAACAGCAAGCAAUUCGCGUCUCUAGCGCCACAGCAGUCGCCACUCCCGCUGCCGUGACCGACUAGCUGACAGGGGCAGCCAUUUCAUAGCACCAUGGCAUCAGCAGCAGCCGCGCCCGCGCCGGCCCCGGCCGAGGGCGAGGCGCGGCCCUUCACGCCGUCGUCGGGCAAGCGGCCGCCGAGCCGACGCAUGCCGCCUCUAGAUACGGCGAAAAAACGUGCGAGGGAAGAGGCCGAGGAGGCGCUCGCCUCGGCCGUCGCGUCGACCGACCUCGCGGCCAUCGACCAGGCCCUGGCGAGCGCCAAGGCCGCGGGCAUCGAGGGCGACCAUCCCGCGUUUGCGAUCGUCGAGCUCGUCAAGAGCGAGAUUGAGCAUCAUGAAAACAUGAAAAAGCGGGCCGCCGAGAUCCUGGAGGCCGGCGUGAGUGCGAAGUCGCUCGUGGCCCUGGGCGCCGGCUUGGAAGCGGCGAAACGCCUAGGCGUCGAGACGGGGAGCCUCGAGAAGGCCGAGUCGGCGCGCAAGGAACUCGACCACAAAAAGAUCCAGGCCGAGGCCGCCGAGGACCUUUGUAGGCGUGCUUUGGAGAAGAAAGAUUUGGCUUCGUUGAAAGCGGCUCUGCAGCAGGCGGAAACAGAUGGUGUGGAUGUGGAGUAUUCGCAGGCUUACAUCGAUGCCGCGAACUUACGCGACGAUCUGGAAGAAAGGGAAGCUUCCGUGGCCGAGGCUACCUCCGUACUACAAGCGGCGAUUGCCGGCGAGGACGUUCCGAAGCUGGAAGAGGCGAUCGCCCACGCGAAAACACUCGACGUGGACACGAGCGAGGGGACUCAACGCCUCGAGUCACUACGACAAGCCCAAGCUGACAAACUGGAAGCUCUAGCGGCGCUGGAGAAGGUUUGCGAAGGCGAGGAUUUGGAUCUUAUAGACGCGGCCCUCGCGAAGGCGUCAGAAGCGGGCGUGGCCGAGGACGCUCUAGCGAAGGCUAAGGCGACGCGGGAGAAGGUCGUCGAGGUGCUCGAGGCGCGCAGUGCGGCGGUCAUGAACCUCGAGAUGGUCGGCUCCGAAGAGGGCGAUGAGGUCGAGGCCUACGACGUGGCUUUAGAAGCUGCCACGAAGGCCGGCGUCGCGGACGACCACGCCGCCGUCCAAUUGUGCCAGAAGGCGCGCGCCGCCGCCGUCGAGCGGAACGCCACCAAGGCACAGGCCCUCGAGGCAUGCACAAGCGUGUCGACGAUCGAGGAGCUCGAGGCGGCGCUGGCAACGGCGACGGAGCUCGCGCUCGUCGAGGACGAGGUCCGGGACGCCGCCGACCGCCUGGCCCAGCUCCAGGCGGACAAGGCCAAAAGAGACGAGGCCGAGGAGGCCUUGCAACAGGCGAGCGCCUCCGACUCCCUGGCUCAAGUGGAUGAGGCCCUCGCGAGGGCCGAGGAGGCCGGCGUGGACAUGACUGGUGCUGCUGCGACGGCGUGUAAAGCGAAGAAGGACGCGCUCGAGGCGCAGGCGAAGGCGCGCGCGGCCGCGACCGCGUCGCUCAUCGAGGCGCGCGGCGGCGACGCCCUCGAUAUCCUAGAAAGGGCCCUGGACGCGGCUUUAGCAUCUGGUGUUGAUCCUGAUAGUGACGAAGUGCUCGAUGCGAAAGCAAAAAGAGAUUUACUGCACACGCGGAAGUCGGCCGAGGAAGCGUUAGAUGCCGCGAUGACUUCUGAUGAUCCGGAAGCCAUCGGGCACCUCCUCGAGUUCCUGCGGUUCAGUUCGCCGGACGCGCUGCCGUCGGACGAGAAGCUGCUCGAGGCCGAAAAGAAGCGGGACGAACUCGCGGUGAAAGUCGAGGAGAAGCGGGCGGCGCUCGGGAGGUUAUUGGAGGCACUGGCGGCGCGGGAUAUUCAAGCUAUCGACGCGGCGCUUGGUAGUGCCGUGGCUGCUGGCUGUUCAAAAGAGUCGGACGAGAUCGUCGAAGCGGGCAAGGCCCGCGAGGCGAUCGUCGCCGAGGAACAGGCCAAGAAAGAGGCGUCCGACGCCUUGACCGAGGCCAUGGCCAAGGCCGCCGACGACCCUUCGGACGAGGACGCCGCGGCGCUGCGGAAGUGCGUGGAACAGGCGGAAGCUCUUAAGGUCGACGUGACGGAGGGUCGGGCCGCGCUGGACGCGGCCGACGCCGCGUGCGCGAAGCGGAAGGCCGACGAGGCCGCGCGGUCCAAGGCCAUUGCGGCGCUCACGAUCCUCGCGGCCCAGGAGGCGCCGACGGUCGAUGAAUUAAGGGAGGCCCUGGCCGCGGCGGACGCGGCGUUCGUCCGGCGGAGCUCGGACGAGUAUAAACAGGUGUCUGAUUUGUGCGAGGCGCGAGUUACCGCACAAAGCGCGUUAACCGAAGCCACGGCGGCGCGGCCCUGCCUGUUAAAGGUGCUCGAGGCGCGCACCGCCGAGGCCAAAGCCUCUGGUUUAAAAGAUGACGCCGCGUUUGCCGAAGCUCAGAAAGUGUCCGACGCGCUGCGGGGCCACGAAUCGCUCCUGCGGGACCUCGCGGCCCGCGGCGACCCCGGCCUAGCGGAAGCCUUGGAGAAGGCCGCCGCCGACGGCUUCACGGAGGACGAGGCCGUGACGCUGGCCCAGGCGUCCAAGGGAUUACUGGACGCGUUGGCGUCCGGCGACGUCGCGACGGUCGACGCGGCGCUAGGGGAGGCGGCCUGCCUCGGCGACUGCGCCGCUCUCACAAACGCAAAACAGAAGCGGGAUCAACUUGAAUCGGACUUGGCCGCGACGAAGCUCCAGGGCGCGCGCCGGUCGUCGCUCGCCAAGGAGCGCGUCAAGCAGCUCACGCAGCAUGAAAGUGAUAGGGUCGCCGCCAUCGCCGAGCUGAAGCGGGCCUCGGCGGCGGCGUGCGCGUCGCUCGAAGCCUCCUUCCGGCGGACCGAGGAGCCGGGUUUUCCCAAGGUGCUCACGGCCGCGACGAGUGCGGUCGAGCUUUUGGACCGCGUCGUCGCCGAGGUGGCCGCUUCCGCGCCGGCGCCGGCUGGCGUUGCGGAGGGGCCGGCGCCUAGUCCGACGUAAGUGUCUUCUACCU